AUGCUCAAAGCUUUCCAGAAAAGCCCGCUAGAAGUCUCGCCUGAUAAAAUCGGCGGUGGAUACUUUGCGUSUGUGGAGGCACGGAAGAGCGACAAGAAUUYGCCGGGAAAGCCCAUAGUAAGGCGUUUGCAGGAAGCAGAAGUCGAAGAUUGGACAUGGCAGAGAGGAUCAUUCGCAUCACCAGUGCUGCUUCCCCGAUCAGAUAAUAGCCCGACAGAUUCCUGCACCAUUCGGAUCCUCUUCGCUCAGCCAGAGUCAACUUUCCGCCAUGCCAUACCCGAAAAGCUGGCGAAAGGAACCGUCUUGAAAGGUCUCGGUCUACCAAGCCAUACAUACUCAGCCUUACAAUUGGACUCUGGUAUAUACUCCUCCCACUGUUUUCCUGAAGGGAGUACGGUCGCGACUUGCAAGUCCUUGGCCUUUGUAUUCCGAACGCCACAGCUCAAAGACUGCAGCAUCGGCGGCUUGUCAAUCUCUCAUGACUUCAAGAAAGGUUUGACGACUGCUUUGAUUCUGGGCUAUGCCUUUGAUUUGAAGGAAUUUCAUGCGAAGCCCGACAUUACGCCACCAGCACUCGUGCAAUUCCUAGAGCAGCUGAACGAUUGCCAACAGUGCUGGGGACAUCCACUGCUUCUCCCGUGCUUGUUUCUGGUAGAACAUGCCCGCCGCGUACAGCAUUAUGUGAUGGGAGCUUUGAGCCGGAGGGUCGUGCUUGUUGAGCAUAGUAUUGGGAUUACGAAGACUGGCCGAUCUGGAAGGACGGAACUGGACUUUCCCACCGACUAUCAGCAUGCAGAUGAUCAAAAGCUGUUCGUUGCUGAGCACAUGCAGCGGCAAAACGCCAAGACUUUGGUUGGAACAAUCAAUGAUUUGUCGACUACGAUCAUCUUUGCCCAACGUUCCCCACAAUGGGACGUUGCAACGAUCGAGUUUCUCUCGAAAGCGCUCGAGUACCAGCGCCUACGAGAUUACAGCGAUGUUGCUAAYAACAUAUUCCGAGAGACACUAGACUAUCUAAGAAACUACUGCGAGUCUUCUUCAGAAGUUGUACGAUCCUCAAUGGCAAGAGUGGAAUUGCAAUUGAACAUUUUGUACACUGCCAUUGCACAAGACGAUGGACAAACGGGUGCGAGGCUAGCAGCAUCGGCCGGGAAGGAUAGUACGAGCAUGAAGAUCAUUGCGUUGAUCACAGCCGCCUAUCUUCCCGGGACCUUCGUGGCGACGCUCUUCAGUAUGGGCAUGUUCGAUUGGGAAGCCACCACGGUCACUUCCUCGUUCUACAUCUACUGGGUCGUUACUGUGCCUUUGACCAUUGCCACACUGACAGGCUGGGCUUGGUGGUGGAGCAUUGAGAAGGAGAGAUUCGAGCGGGACGUACAGCAGGCUGUGACGAAUGAGCCAGCUCAGAGUAAACGGAAGAGGUAUUGGAAGGGAAGAUGGAGUUGA